CCCUUUGAAAUCCACCGACCUAAUCGGAAAAGAAGAAAAUCCAGCUUCCAAACUCAAGCCCUUAGGGCUUCCUUUCUCCUCCUUCCCCUUUCAGGUACGCUUAUAUGGUUUAACUUCUUGCAGUUAUGCUUGAAUUUUCCGAUUAAUUCUGUAUGUGAGCGUUAAGCAAUGUCCGUGUUUCGGAUUUGUAAACCUAUGAAAUAUGCUUCUAGGGUUAGGAUUUUGUCAUCGAGCCGAUAUUUCACUUCUUUUGGACAAUGUGACCCUUUGGUUUCCCGGAGUUAUCAGUUUAGUCCUGCUUCUGAUGUCCCAAACCGUCCAUUUUCAACUGGUUUGAUUAACCUAGUUCGUUGUAAAUUAUUUUCACAAAGCGCAAAAUUUACCUGCGGUAAAGCCCUUUAUGUGAAACCAUUCUCUUCCGUGCACAACGACGAUGAGAAGGAUGAUAAUGGUGUAUGUGACACUACGAUGGCAGAGUCAGAAUGUGAGUUUGACGCGGAUGUUGGUAAAAGUGUUGAAUUGGCUGAUGAUGGGGACGCUGUAAAUGGCAAUGUUGUUAGUUAUUCUUUGGGGGUUGAAUUGCAAAAUGGAAGUAAUGAUGUGGGUUUGGAUACAAGCGGUGGUUAUGUGCAUGUUGCAUCGCGUGAUCCUGUUGAAUUAUAUCAUGAGCUGAGAAAUGCUGAGAAGCAUGCAAAACAGACCCGGCCUGAUUGGGAGAUGAUGCAGGAAGUAUUCAGUUACUUUGGAAAAUCAGGUUGGGCUUCCAAUCAGGCUCUCGCAAUUUAUAUUGGUUUGUCGUUCUUUCCUACUGCUGUGCAGAAGUUUCGGAAGUUUUUCUUUGAGAAAUCUUCUGCUGGUAUUUUUCAGUACGUGGUGACGCUCGGUCCAUCUGAUGCCGCUGUCAAGUUCUUAUUUCCUAUUUUUGUGGAGUAUUGUUUGGAGGAGUUUCCUGAUGAGAUUAAGCGGUUUCGGGGUAUGGUUGAGUCAGCUGACCUCACCAAGCCCCACACUUGGUUCCCAUUUGCACGGGCCAUGAAACGGAAGAUAAUAUAUCACUGUGGGCCGACCAACAGUGGUAAAACUUACAAUGCUCUUCAACGGUUUAUGGAAGCGAAGAAGGGUAUCUAUUGUAGUCCUCUCAGGUUAUUGGCUAUGGAAGUCUUUGACAAGGUUAAUGCACUUGGGAUUUACUGUAGUCUACAGACAGGGCAAGAAAAGAAAUAUGUCCCCUUUUCAAACCAUAUUGCUUGUACAGUGGAAAUGGUAUCUACAGAUGACUUGUAUGAUGUAGCUGUUAUUGAUGAAAUUCAGAUGAUGUCAGAUCGAUGUAGAGGUUAUGCAUGGACACGGGCAUUACUUGGAUUGAAGGCUGAUGAGAUACAUUUAUGUGGGGAUCCGAGUGUUUUGAGUAUUGUUCAAAAGAUUUGUGCAGAUACUGGGGAUGAGUUGCAUGAACGUCAUUAUGAGAGGUUUAAGCCAUUGGUGGUUGAAGCUAAGACCCUGUUGGGAGAUCUUAAAAAUGUUCGUUCUGGGGACUGUGUGGUUGCUUUUUCAAGGAGAGAGAUAUUCGAGGUCAAAAUGGCAAUUGAGAAACACACCAAUCACCGCUGCUGUGUGAUUUAUGGUGCCUUGCCACCAGAAACUCGUAGACAUCAAGCUAAUCUAUUCAAUGAUCAAGAUAACGAAUUCGAUGUGCUUGUCGCUAGCGAUGCUGUGGGAAUGGGUCUGAACCUUAAUAUUCGAAGAGUUGUCUUUUAUAGCCUCUCAAAAUACAAUGGAGACAAGAUUGUUCCAGUUCCAGCAUCGCAGGUGAAACAAAUUGCAGGAAGAGCUGGUCGCAGAGGAAGUCGCUAUCCAGAUGGACUCACAACGACCUUGCAGUUAGAAGAUUUAGAUUACUUGAUUGAGUGCUUGAAGCAGCCUUUUGAAGAAGUAAAGAAAGUUGGUCUCUUUCCUUUCUUUGAGCAGGUUGAACUAUUUGCUGGGAAACUCCCCAAUGUUACAUUCUGUAAGCUACUAGAGAAAUUUGGUGAAAAUUGCCGUUUGGAUGGAUCAUACUUUUUGUGUCGACAUGAUCAUAUAAAGAAGGUUGCAAAUAUGCUGGAGAAGAAGGUGCAGGGAUUAUCUCUGGAAGAUCGUUUUAAUUUCUCUUUUGCCCCAGUUAAUAUUAGGGACCCAAAAGCAAUGUAUCAUCUCCUGAGGUUUGCUUCAGCAUACAGUCAGAAUGUUCCUGUCAGUAUCGCAAUGGGCAUGCCAAAGGGUUCUGCUCGAAAUGAUGCAGAGCUAUUGGAUCUCGAGACUAAGCAUCAAGUGUUGUCUAUGUAUUUGUGGUUAUCGCACCACUUUAAGAAGGAAACUUUUCCAUAUGUGAAGAAGGCUGAGACAAUGGCAACGGACAUUGCUGACUUGUUGGGUCAGUCUCUAAUCAAAGCCAACUGGAAACCCGAAUCAAGACAGGCAAGGAAACCAAAGCCUCAACAAAAAGAUGCCUCUCAACCAGGUUAUGAGAGGCCAAGGUCACUUAUCAAAUUAUAUGAGAAGAAAAAGCCUGAAAAGUCUCUACCAAGUAAGCAUACAGAGAAGGUUGCUGCAUAAUGAAAUUGCAGGUAUUAAUGGUUCCAUGUUACCUCCUUUCACAUGAAUCAAAUCAGGGAAUGUAAAAACGAACAACAGCAAGAGGUUUUAUUUAUUUACAUUAGGUUUGGUAGGAUGGGAAGUUGCAAGGGGAAAAGGCGGAAACAAAUAAAGGAAGCGCACACAUGAAAGGCAAUUUUUUUAAAAAAACCAUUGUAGUCUGGCUUGUUGGUUUUAAAAAAACCAUGUGUGGGCCACUUUUGCUACCCUGCCUCCCAAUCCAUCUCACAAAUUCCUUCCCCUUUUUGCCCUUUUUUCCGGUAUUUAAUGUAACCAAGAUAUCCUGUUGUAAGACUCAUUUGGAAAGGCACAGUUUAUGAUAGGAGUGGAAUUUACACACAA